ACACCAGUCUCAUCAUCAAUCUCUGAGCUAUCUGAUCAAGAGCAACAACAAUUUGUAAUAGCAAAUUUGUUUAAGAACACCAAACGAAUUAUCAGCAUAUCUACUGUAAAAACCACAUAUUUACUACAAAAUCUCAAGAUGAACACUUUUUCGGGUUUCUCGAGCCUCAUCUUGGUGCUGAUGGUGGGAGGUGCCUGGAGUCACAACUGCUCCAACGUGGUCGAAAUCGAGUCCCAGGGCCUGCUCAACUACUUGGCGAACGUCUCCUUCAUUGCACCACACAACUUUUCCGGCGAAUGGGUCAUGGACAUGGCGACUGAUGUCGAGUUCACUUUCCUCGGGGGGUGGAGCAUUUGGAUCAGCAACAACCCGACGCAGGGAAAAGCCCUGUUCCGCAGUCGCAAGGACGACGUCGAAAUCAAAAAGGGGGAUUUGGUCACCUUCCGUUUCCGCAUCUCGUGGUUUAAGGGCGAACCCCAGCCCGAGGUCAUCAGCUUGGUUUGGGACGGAGUGGAAAUCUGCGCCGACAAUGGGAAAACGGUCAAAGACAUCAAGGCCUCCAGGGCGAGGAGAACGUUGGACAACAACAGACAAUCUCGAGGUGGUCAUCGCAGACGGAUGAGACUUAAUGUGAACUAAACUUUUAAAAUUACAUGGUACAAUUUUCUAAUCCUGCAUAGUAUUAGCAGUCUUGUAACAGUUUUUAUACUCUAGAAUUUAAGAAAACUACGAAAAUAUUGUCAAUGCUAUAUCAUUUUAUAACAAAGUAAACUUUAUUUUUUAUGAUAA